GUCACUCCAGUCUUCAUUUCUUACGCACGUUGUAAUUGUUUGGUUAUUUUUGUGAGUUCCAGAUUAUCAAUAAAAUGAAGUUUAAACAGAAGAAAUCUUCGAAAAUAACUUUAUCAGAGAAGAUAGCCGACGCUUUAACAGUUAAACCCCGAGCUGAUAUAGAAGACGACCAAGUAUUUGGAACCAAACCACAUACCCUUUCACGUGCCGAUUUUAGCUCAUCAGAAAGCGAGGAUGCAGCAGUUAUUAGUGAUUUUAGGAAAAGAAAUGUAAAUUUAUUGAGUGAAAUUAGCAAGAAGUAUGAGGGUACAGUUGUAUCCAAGAAAGAUUUUUACAAUCAAAGUGAUGAAAGCGGUAGUGAAAAUUCUGAUGAUUUUCGCCAGAAUGACACAUUGCAGACCGAUUCAGAGGAUGUGCAGUCAGAAAAUGAAAAACAGACGAGUGGCAAAUUGGGCAAACUUAAAAUUCAACAUGAUUUGGACUCUGAAGAUGUUGAUUCAGAUAGUGAUGCUGAAAGCGAAGAUUAUAGCAUAACCAAGUUUCAGAAAUCCCAAAGGGGAACUUCUGAUGAAGAUUCAGAUCAAGGUGAUGAAGAGUCUGGUGAAGAUGAUGAAGAGUCUGGUGAAGGUGAUGAAGAAGGCUACGACAUUAGUCAGUUGGAUAAGCCCAUGAAAGAGGAAUUUGAACAUGUGAAGAAAAAGAAUGUUUCUGAGGAAGUCAAGAAAGGGAAAUGUGUGCGCAAUGAGCUUUUGAUAUGGGAAAGUUUGUUAGAGAUGAGAAUCCACUUGCAGAGAUGUGUGAACACCGCUAAUCAGAUGCCAAUGCCCGACACAUUCAUUGAAAUGAAGAAAACUGAAAGCUUUAUUGAAGAGAAUAAAACAACCACAAAUAAUGUUGCUAAUAUGCUAGAUAAAUUUUUAACUCUACAGAACUUGUUAUUAAAAAACUUCCCAGAAACAAAAUCACUUGUAUCAAAAAAAGAUUCUGAAUCAAACCAAGCAACAAAACAAGAUAGUGAUGAGGAAAUUCCUAGUGACACAGAUAAUGAAGAAAUACCAUCAGACACAGAACCUGAAGAUGAUGCUCCUGAAGAAGAAGCUCCUAAAAAAGAAAUUAAAGCUAAAUCUAGUAUGGCUAAGAAAAGAAAAUUAGAAGAUUACGAAAAAGAAUUAUCAACAUCACACAAAUCGUUUAAAACAUUUAGAGACACAACAAUACAGAAGUGGAAUGACAAAACAAGGUUAGCUACUGCAGCCAAUAUUAAAAAUGCACCAACGAACACAAUAUUACAGCAAAUAUCGUACAUACUAUCUGACAGAGAAAAACUUAUUAGGAGAACUCAGUUGAAGAGAUCCGAGUAUGAUAUAAUUGGAUAUGAGAAACCUAAAGACAAUGAGAAUAAAGAUGAAAAUGGAGUGGAAGUGAAUCCUGUCACAAGGGGCCGAAAAGACGAUGAUGAAUAUAUUCCUGAAAUAUUUGAUGAUAGUGAUUUCUACCAUCAGUUGCUUCGGGAAUUAAUUGAGUGUAAAUCUGCUGAUAUAUCAGAUCCGGUUCAGUUAAGUAGGCAAUGGAUAGCUCUGCAACAGAUGAGGAGUAAGAUGAAAAGGAAAGUUGAUAUGAAGGCGAGUAAAGGCCGCAAAAUAAAGUAUGUUGUUCAUAAUCCGCUGGUGAAUUUUAUGGCAUCAGAGAAAAGUACCACGUGGAAUGAAGAGAGCACUAAUGAAUUGUAUAGCUCACUGUUUGGGAAGAUGUUCGAGCAUAACAAUGUAGGAUUCAAUGGCAAUGGCUUUAAUAUAAAAUAGGUUUAAAAAGUU